AUGGAAACAUAUUUGAACACUAUAGAACGUACACUGUUUAUCUUAUGGUUUUUUGUCGCAAAAACUGCUGAGGAAGCCAAAGAGCAAGCUCAAAAAAUCGGCGGUAAAGACUAUGUCAUCAAGGCGCAAGUCUUGGCUGGUGGUCGGGGAAAGGGACGCUUUGAUUCUGGUCUUCAGGGUGGAGUGCAAGUCGUUUUUACACCGGAUGAAGCUAUGGAAAAGGCGAGAAUGAUGAUCGGAGCCAAGCUCAUCACCAAGCAGACGGAUCAUCGUGGCAAACUGUGUGAGGAGGUGAUGGUGUGUAAACGACUCUUUACCCGCCGUGAGUACUACUUGUCUAUAACACUUGACAGGAACACAAAUGGGCCUAUUCUGAUAGCAUCAUCAAAAGGUGGCGUUAACAUCGAGGAAGUAGCAGCUACUGACCCUGAAGCGAUCGUGAAGGUUCCAAUUGAUAUGUGUGUUGGUGUGAGUGCUGAAAUUGCUGCUGAUGUAGCUGAGAAGAUGGGUUUCCAGGGUACUUGUGCAGAGCAAGCAGCUGACAUAAUAAUGAAGUUAUAUAAGCUUUUUCGCAAAACAGAUGCCACACUUCUGGAAAUUAACCCAUUGGCGGAAGACGUUAAUGGUGACGUGUACUGCAUGGAUUGCAAGAUGCUGCUUGAUACUAAUGCAGAGUUUCGUCAAAGGGAACUAUUUGCUCUCAAAGACAACAAGCAAGAAGAUCCUCUAGAAAUCCGUGCCGCUGCUGCUAAUUUGAAUUACAUCCGUCUUGAUGGUAAUAUCGGUUGUAUGGUCAAUGGUGCUGGCCUUGCUAUGGCUACGAUGGACAUAAUUAAGCUUCACGGAGGGGAACCAGCGAAUUUCCUCGAUGUCGGUGGAGGAGCCACUGUGGAACAGGUCACUGAAGCGUUUAAAAUCAUCACUGCUGACGAGAAAAAGGUGAACGCUAUUCUAGUCAAUAUUUUUGGUGGCAUUAUGCGUUGUGAUGUUAUUGCGCAAGGUAUUAUAAAGGCGGCUAAGGAAUUAAAUCUUAAGAUUCCGAUCGUCGUUCGCCUUCAAGGUACAAAAGUAGAAGAUGCGAAAGCCCUUAUAGCUACGUCACAGCUGAGAAUUCUUCCAUGCGAUAAUUUAGAUGAGGCUGCGAAAAUGGUGGUGAAAUUGUCCGACAUUGUUCACUUGGCCCGUGCUGCACAGAUCGAUGUCAAAUUCGAAUUGUCCAUAUAA